CCCUCCCUGCACUGUCCUUGAUUGGCCAGCAGAUGGCGCCUGAUAUUGGGGGAUAACAAAUGAUAUGUGUUGCGGGGUUGUCUGGAUCGUGUCUGCCGUGACGUUCCCUGGAAUCGUUUAGUCUCGCACCGUGGGAGCAGCGAUAUUCAACCUGUACAUCUACAGCUGAAGGCGAGUAUCCGUGGGACGCUGGGAGUUGUAGUUCAACAGCUGAAGGUGUCCAAGCAUAUUCCACUUUACUGAGCUGGUCAGAACCAAGCUGGUCCUUUUAUCAUCACAGCUACAGGUAGAGCUUGUAAAAGGUACAGCCAUGUCCUAUGUUUUUGUGAACGACUCGUCCCAGACCAACGUCCCUCUGUUGCAAGCAUGCAUUGAUGGGGAUUUCAACUACUCCAAGCGCCUGCUGGAGAGCGGCUUUGACCCCAACAUCCGUGAGAGCCGUGGCCGAACAGGUCUUCACCUGGCUGCCGCCCGUGGGAAUGUGGAUAUCUGUCAGCUGCUGCACAAGUUUGGUGCUGAUCUGCUGGCUACUGAUUAUCAGGGCAACACGGCCCUUCAUCUUUGUGGCCAUGUGGAUACCAUUCAAUUCCUUGUUUCCAAUGGACUGAAAAUAGAUAUUUGCAAUCACCAAGGGGCCACAACACUCAUCCUAGCCAAGCGCAGGGGAGUGAACAAAGAAGUGAUCCGCAUGCUGGAGUCCCUGGAGGAGCAAGAAGUGAAAGGCUUCAAUAGGGGCACUCACUCCAAGAUGGAGACCCUGCAGACGGCGGAAAGUGAACAGUAUGUCCAAUGCUCUGAGCUCCUAAUGGAAAAGGGACACAACACUCUGUCGGAAGGAUCCCCUGAGGAAGAUUGUGCAAUGGAAAGUCACUCCCUCCUGAAUCCAAACCUACAGCAGGGCGAAGGGGUCCUCUCAAGCUUCCGCACCACUUGGCAGGAAUUUGUGGAGGACCUGGGUUUCUGGAGAGUUCUUCUCCUGCUCCUCGUCAUUGCUCUUCUUUCUCUGGGUAUAGCCUACUAUGUUAGCGGUGUGCUGCCCUUUGUGGAAAAUCAGCCAGAACUAGUGCAUUAGAGAGAGGUAGAAACCUUUCUUUACAACCAACCUGUUUUAAUGCAGUGGAAAAUUGUAUGUGCUGCAUAAAUAUAUAUAGAUAUAUAUCUCUCAAACCAAUUUCCGGCCCCGUUUUGGAACUCUGUGCAUUCCGAAUCGUUUUCAGGACAUCUUGGAUGGAAUGUGUCUUUGUGGUCUUCAAACAUGUAGUAGGACAUCCCUCCCAUUAGUUGGUAUAAGCAAAAUGGCUGCUUUGUAAGGCUGUUGUUGGGGCAGGGAAACCCCAUUUGUCCAUCUAUGAAGAAUAAAAUCCACAAUGUUUCUAAAAUGCUGGCAAGUAGACAAAAUGGCCAUUCCAAAUUGCUAAGUGGUUUGAUGAAUAUUUAUCCAUAGGUUGAACUCAUUUCCCAGUAAGUAUAAUUACUGCUCACAAGUGUUAUUUCUCUAUUUCAGCCUUUUUUUUUUUUUGUCGUCACACCAUUUCCAACUAUUUGUACGGUUGUUUAUGACGAGUAUUGGAAGCUUAAUGCUGUCAAUCAUUUGUAAAUAAUGUAACUAUUAAUGUGUUUUGCG